UCCUUCCCCAAGGCACCCAAGCACACUGUUCCUCGGGUCCCUCCCUUUUUGCUCUUUCCUCCUCUGCCCUCCCCAGAUUCAACGGUCUCCUUAUCAGCUCUUGUCUACGAACAGUGAUACAAGAAGGAUUUUCUCACAUUCAUGAUUAAAGGGGCAUGCUGUCUGCGAGAGCAAGAGCGAAAAGGGCAGGAGUUAAAGCCAGAAAUGUGAAGGGAAUCUUGCCCCUGAUGGUCCUAAUGGUGAUGGUUUUCUUGUUGCUUCUGUUCUGGGAAAACGAGCUGCCUGAGGAUGUUGUGCUAACGUCUAUAGAACAUUUGCAUGUGGACUAUCCUCAGAAUGCUGUUCCUCUGAGGUACUGCAACAACAUGAUUAUCCAGAGAGUCAUCAGGGAACCUGACCACACAUGCAGAAAGGUGCAUGUCUUCAUCCACGAGAGGCCUCAGAAGAUCAACAGAAUUUGCACCUCCUCCAAGAAAGUUAUGUGCCCAAACGAUUCUGACAUUUUCUGCUUCCAGAGUGAGACAAAAUUCAGGAUGACAGUUUGUCAGCUCAUUGAUGGCACCAAAUACCCUGCCUGCAGGUACCAAAUUUCUCCCAUAGAGGGGUUUGUUUUUGUGACUUGCGAUGACUUAGGACCAGUUAAUCUCCAGGGAUAUGUGGAAUAACUUGUCAUCAGCCCUGCGUGUGAGAACCUCUCAUCUGUCCCCGAGCUUCUCUGUUGAACCUGAAUUGUGGACAUGGUGUAAUGCCGUGAAUGGAAGGGGUAGGUGACUUAUCCUUCCAUUGUUGUUGAGACACAGUCAUUGGUUCUGUAUCAAUAAAAGCAUCUCUGCUGAAUUAAAUCACA